AUGGCGGAACUAUCGACUGCGACGACAUGUGCGUCAGGAAACAUCUGGGCUGCUUGGGCGGCCCUGACGAAUCAUGAUACCAAAGGACACUCGAACGUAAAUGGCAAUCGUACCAAAGGCCAGUACCGCAGCUGCACGGGUCAGCAUAGUGCGGGGUUCGUGAGGGGGAAGCUCACCCAAGUUCCAAGAUUCUGCGGGGCUCCAGUUCUUCCAGUGGAGCAUAGCACAAUUUGUCGUGACCGAGAUGUGCC